AUGUCCGUUCCAUUAUCGGAAGAUCGGCAGUCGUUUGAGAUUAUUUCAUCGCUACGCUACGAUCCUGGCCUUCCGAGGGUAGCCACAGUCUAUUUCAGUGGCUACCCAGAACCGCUGUCCUCACCCUACUACCUUUUGACCCACCAUCGUGAUCGACUCAUAGCUGCUGCGCAUUACUUUCAAUGGGAUAAAGCAUUAAAAUGGCUACAGCAGGAUUCAAGCAGCUUCGAGCGCUUCCUUGAUGGGUCAAUUCUGGACAGAGAUAAGCCGUGGCGGUUGAGAGUUGCUGUGGACUCCAACGGCAAGGGCUCAAUCGACGUAAACCCAACUGCUGCAAUUGAUCCUAAGAAUUUAUUAAUCCCCGCUACUCGUGCAAGUAUAGAAACACCGCCAUGGCGGGUGUACGUUGAUACAACGUCCAUUAUACCUUCUGGCUUCACCACACACAAAACUACUGCCCGGGAUGACUAUAAAGCUGCUCGAUUACGCGUGGGGAUAAUGUCCCUGGCUGAAACGUCUGAAGUUCUGAUCGUUAAUCCCGAAGGAGAGAUCGCCGAAGGGAGUAUCACUACUCCAUAUUUUCGACCACGCGCUGGCGAACAUACAAUUAAUUCCGAACAAUGUUGGAUUACGCCUCCACUGAGAUGUGGCGGCAAUGCAGGCACAACUAGAAGAUAUGCAUUGACUCAAGGAUUCUGUGUGGAAAAUGCCAUUACAAGGGCCGAGCUUGUGGAUGGCGAAGAGUGUUGGCUUAGCAACGGCGUCCGUGGAUUCUUUCGCGGUAUCAUUAUCUUAAAGUCAUGA